UUUGAAAGAAGGAAACGAAACCGCGAAAGAAUAACCGCCCCUCAAAAAGAGAUUUUUUUUUUCUCUCUUUUAUUGAUGCGAACAGACGUUUUAAAUUUUUUGAUGAAGAAUUGAAACCGCGUUUGUCCUCUCGCAAUCAUCACCUUGGCUUUUUCUGUCAUUUCCUCACCAUAAAACCUCUCGAUUCUCUAUUGGAUUCUUUUCAAUUUCGCUGCCAUUUUAGUUAUUGCCUCUGAUCACUCUCCCCAUUUUCGUACACCAUUCUGCAUAAUCGUUUCUUGUAUCGAUGAAUCCUCAAUACCCAGUGAAGGAGGAGGAUGCGGGGCCAAGCUCGCCGGAGGUAGGCGGCGGUUAUGGCUUACCGUUGACGCCGCCGCAGCCGAUGGAGGGUCUUUACGACGUUGGUCCACCGCCAUUUCUGAUCAAGACAUUUGAUAUGGUGGAUGAUCCAAUUACCGAUCACAUUAUCUCUUGGGGCAGGGGAGGCAUCAGCUUCAUUGUAUGGGAUCCCAAGGCCUUCUCUGCUAAUUUGCUUCCUCGAUUCUUCAAGCACAACAAUUUCUCAAGCUUCAUCCGGCAGCUCAACACUUAUGGUUUUAGGAAGAUUAAUCCAGAGAGAUGGGAGUUUGCAAAUGAAGGAUUCUUAAGAGGCCAAAAGCAUCUUCUUAGAACUAUUAGGAGAAGAAAACCACCAACCUCUGACUCUUUGCCUCCAGAACAAGAACCCAGUGCUUGUGUCGAAAUUGGUCGAUUCGGGCUCGAUGUCGAACUCGACCGAUUGAAACGGGACAAGCAAGUGGUGAUGAUGGAACUAGUUAAGCUAAGGCGUGAGCAGCAGAACACAAGAGCUUACAUACAAGCAAUGGAACAAAAGCUGCAAGGGACAGAGAUGAAACAACGACAGAUGAUGAAAUUCUUGGCAAGAGCAAUGCAGAAUCCAGACUUCAUUCACCAACUAAUCCAACAGAAGAAGAAAAGAGGCCUUGAAGAAGCUGCAACAAAGAAGAGGAGGAGGCCUAUUGACCAAGGACCGAACAGUUCCAGAGGCAGUGAAGAGGGCAUCUCAAACCCCAUUAAGAUUGAGCCAAUAGAAUUUUGUGGAUAUGAAGUAUCUGAAUUAGAAGCACUUGCUUUGGAAAUGCAAGGAUUAGGCAAGACAGUUAAGAAAGAAACCGAAGUAAAAGAAGAGAUGCAAGCUCCAGAGAGUGGAGAUACAGAGCUGGAUGAGGGAUUUUGGGAAGAGUUUUUCAGUGGAAGAAUAGAAGAAGACGACGACGACACCAACAACGCCGUAGUGAAAGCCUUAAGCGAUCGCUUCGGUUAUUUAGGUUCAAUCCCCUAAAAUGUAAGGUAGCUGGAAAACACAAAUCUGCAUAGCCAUUUUUGCACUUUGGUUCAAAGAAAUUUUCAGAUCUCCAUUUCUUCUAGGAUGGGAAAUCUUGGCAAGCACAAUACUAAAAGGGAAACUGUCUUUUCCUCUCUUUUGUCUCUCUCUAUUUGUCUUUCAUUUUCCCACGACAAAUCUCCCCCCUUAUUUUUUCUCCUGGCUUUAUUAAGUUGCAGGUAAAUUUAGUUGGAGAGGGGACAUUGAUAGCCACAAGAUGAAUUUGGAUGAAGGAAUGAAGGAAAGUUGCAGAAGAAGAAGCCAAAAUGGGGGGGGCCCGGCCCAAGUUGGUUUUUUUCUCUUUAAGCAGUUGGUAGUUAAAAGUGUGGGUCGGUGUCUGAUUCUUUGUUUGUUUGUGUUGUCUAUUUGUGAGAGUUGCUUUGAAAUGGUCGGUGUUGAAAUUGAGUUUUCAUUGUCAUGCCACUUAAAAAAAUCCCAGAUAUUUCUCUAUUCCUUUCACUGCCUUACAAUCAUAAGCAAAUGGUAUCAUUGGUCGUCCCAUUA